AUGCGUUUGCAGACCGGCGCAAAUAAUCAAGACAAAGAGGAAAUAAAAAAAAUCGCAGAAUGGAUAUUGACAGUUGGCGAAGGGACGGCAGAAGGUAACAACGACGGAGCUACAGAAAUUGAGAUACCCAAUGACGUGCUGAUUAAAUCCGAAAAAAAUCAUGUCAAGUCUAUUGUGUCAGCUAUUUUUCCUUCGAUUGUAGAACAUCUUAAUGACAAGGGAUACUUUGAAGACAAGGCAAUUUUGGUACCUACAAAUGAAGAGGUCGAUUCGAUCAAUGAAUACGUACUAUCGAAGAUAAAAGCAGACGAGCAUACUCACUUCAGCUCAGACAGUGUUUGCCAGUCAGAGUUCAUUGACGAGUUUGAACAAGCUUUGUACGCGCCAGAAAUCCUAAAUGGGUUCAAAGUUUCAGGGAUACCCAAUCACAAACUGGUACUAAAGGAAGGCGUGCCCGUGAUGUUACUUCGCAAUAUAGACCAAUCUAAUGGGUUAUGCAAUGGGACGAGAUUAAGGAUAACAAGAUUAGGAAAGCAUGUGAUUGAAGCGGAAGUGAUAUCUGGCAACAACAUUGGGUACAAAACUUACAUCCCCAGAAUGAAGCUAAUACCAUCAGAUAAAAGAAUACCGUUCAGGUUUCAUCGAAGACAGUUCCCUUUGGUCGUUUAUUUCGCAAUGACAAUCAACAAAAGUCAAGGACAAUCUUUAUCGACCGUUGGUCUGUAUCUACAACGUCCAGUCUUCACGCACGGACAGUUGUAUGUUGCGAUCUCUCGGGUUAAGUCGAAAAAGGGACUUAAGGUGCUGAUAUGCGACAAAGACGGGAAGCCAAAAAACACCACAACAAAUGUCGUCUACAAAGAAGUGUUGCAAAAGAUGAAGGAGGAUACAACCUUCUAA